AGUCAAGACAAGUUGUUCUUUUGAAAAGAGGAUUACCUCAUUAGAAAAUUCACCAAAUUGGUCAAAUAAAGACGAUGAGAGUUUUUUUUUGUAAGUCUUUGGGGUUUCAGAUCUUAAAGCCCUUUCUUCCGAGAUCUAUUACCACUUUCCCUUCAAGUCCUUGUCUGAAUUCUCUUUCCAAGAAGACACUACCUGAGUCUUGCUGUCUGAAGCCUCGGCGGCGGGAGGAUGCAUCUGCCGGAGGUUACAAAUGGCGCUGGCUCUGGUUUUCCGGCGGUCUCCGUCGGAAGUAAGAUGAAUAAGUAUCAGAGAAUGGACUCAGACGGGGAUGAAUCGCAGAAUCAUCUUGAAGCAGAGGCAAGAAGCAGCAGAACCAGAAAAUACGUUAUGGCUUGUGCUUUUUUUGCGUCGUUGAACAAUGUUCUUCUCGGCUACGAUGUUGGGGUAAUGAGCGGUGCGGUGUUGUUCAUUCAGCAGGAUCUCAAAAUAACGGAGGUGCAGACUGAAGUACUCAUCGGCAGCCUCAGCAUCAUUUCUCUCUUCGGAAGUUUAGCCGGUGGUAGAACCUCUGACUCCAUUGGUAGAAAAUGGACUAUGGCUUUGGCUGCUCUCGUCUUCCAGACAGGUGCUGCGGUGAUGGCUGUGGCUCCGUCCUUCGAGGUUUUGAUGAUCGGAAGAACUUUGGCCGGCAUUGGGAUUGGACUUGGUGUCAUGAUCGCGCCGGUCUACAUUGCUGAGAUAUCCCCAACUGUAGCAAGAGGCUUUUUCACGUCCUUCCCUGAGAUCUUCAUAAACUUGGGGAUCUUGCUUGGCUAUGUCUCCAACUACGCCUUCUCGGGGCUUUCCGUGCAUAUCAGCUGGAGGAUCAUGCUUGCCGUUGGUAUUCUUCCUUCGGUUUUCAUAGGAUUUGCGCUGUGCGUGAUCCCUGAGUCGCCGAGGUGGCUAGUGAUGAAAGGCCGAGUGGACAGUGCACGAGAGGUGCUCAUGAAGACGAAUGAGCGAGACGACGAAGUGGAAGAGCGGCUCGCAGAGAUACAACUGGCAGCUGCACAUACAGAAGGCAGCCAGGAGAGACCCGUGUGGCGGGAGCUUCUAAGCCCAUCUCCUGUUGUACGGAAAAUGCUGAUUGUUGGCUUUGGGAUCCAAUGUUUCCAGCAGAUCACUGGUAUCGACGCCACCGUCUACUAUAGCCCAGAGAUCCUGAAAGAAGCAGGGAUACAAGACGAGACCAAACUGCUCGCUGCAACUGUCGCUGUUGGGGUCACAAAAACAGUGUUCAUACUAUUUGCUACCUUCCUGAUCGAUAGCGUUGGCCGAAAGCCACUGCUUUACGUGAGCACAAUCGGGAUGACUUUGUGUCUCUUUUGUCUAAGCUUCACGCUCACAUUUCUCGGCCAAGGAACUCUUGGUAUAACUUUGGCGCUUCUGUUUGUUUGCGGGAAUGUUGCCUUCUUCUCUAUAGGGAUGGGACCUGUUUGCUGGGUCUUGACGUCAGAGAUCUUCCCACUACGGCUAAGAGCCCAGGCCUCUGCGCUUGGGGCAGUUGGGAACAGGGUUUGCAGCGGUCUUGUGGCCAUGUCCUUCCUCUCCGUCUCACGUGCCAUCACUGUGGGAGGAACCUUCUUUGUCUUCUCCCUGGUCUCUGCGCUCUCAGUUAUCUUUGUGUACCUGCUAGUCCCGGAGACAAGUGGCAAGUCGCUAGAGCAAAUAGAGUUGAUGUUUCAGGGAGGGCUGGAAAGAAAAGAUGGUGAAGUUGAGCUUGGAGAUGCUGAGCGUCUCGUUCGCAAGGAACAGGAGUUUUGAGUGUUAUAAUACUAUGGGCAGUAUUGAACUUGUUAAAGUAGAAGAGGCAGAAGAGACAAGAUACUCCAUGGUGUUCUUGUUUUAGGUCCAACGAAUGUAAGACAGAUUGUGUAAGUGCGUUUGAUGAUGGUUAAUUGGUAUAGACUCGAAGGUAACUGCUUUGUUUCCUUGUUUCAAGAAGAAACCAUGUGAUACUCAAGGCAAUACAGAAAGGACGAACCUUUGUGUUCA